ACUAUGGCAGACAAACGAGCGUAAAGCCCACAUGAGGGAACGCUUGAAGUGUACUCCUAGGCCGUUUACCUGAAACACCUGACUCCUCCUGCAGUGGAUGUGUUUACAUACCCAUUCCCGUCUGACCCUCAGUGAGAGAGGACACCUGGAGCAAAGCAAGAAUGAAAAGGCUCCCCGUUUUAGCCCUUCUCGUUUGGGUGUGUGCUGUAUUCUAUGUGGGUAUAUUCCUCUUCGUGGGGGGGUUCCUUUUGGUGAGGCUGGAGGUCAACAGGACAAGCACCUGUGCAGACGUUCUGUUCCCUGGGGGUGCUGAGCCGAAAGGGGACUUUUGCCCGACAGAACCUCGGUUCCGUAGGGUAGUUGUCUUGAUCAUCGACGCUCUGAAAUCUGACUUCGCCCGGUACGACCCAGCCAACGAAGCACCGCGUCCGUAUGAGAACAAACUGCCCGUGCUCAACGAGAUGGUGUCGACGCAGCCGUCCCGUGCCCGGCUGUACACUUUUCGGGCUGAUCCUCCCACCACCACCAUGCAGAGGAUCAAAGGGUUCACCACAGGCUCCCUCCCCACCUUCAUCGACGUGGGAAACAACUUCGCCUCCAGCGCCAUCCUGGAAGACAACCUCGUCCACCAGCUCGGGCAGAUGGGCAAGCGUGUGGUCUUCAUGGGUGAUGACACAUGGAUGAGUCUCUUUCCCAAAAAGUUCCACCGCUCUCUCCCGUUCCCGUCUUUUAACGUGAAGGAUCUGCAUACUGUGGACAACGGGAUCCUCCAGAACAUCUACCCAACCAUGGAGGGAGGUGAUUGGGACGUGCUGAUUGCUCACUUUCUGGGCGUGGAUCACUGUGGGCACAGAUUUGGCCCGGAUCACCCUGCAAUGGCAGAAAAGCUCACCCAGAUGGACGAGGUCAUAAGGGCUGUGAUUGGACGCCUCGGGAACGACACUCUGUUGGUGGUGAUGGGAGAUCAUGGAAUGACUGACACGGGGGAUCAUGGUGGAGAGAGUCAGAAGGAGACGGACGCCGCCCUUUUUCUCUAUAGCCCCUCCCCUUUGUUCCCCAACCCAGGGUCUCAGGUGGAGCCAGAGGUGGUGCCUCAGACGGAUUUGGUCCCCACGUUGGCUCUUCUGCUUGGGAUACCAAUCCCCUACAGUAGUGUGGGACAGGUCCUCCUGCCUCUGUUCUCCACUGCCGAGUCACCGACGGGACUCAGCCAGGGUGAGGCGCUGUGGAUCAAUGUCAGACAGGUAAACCGUUUCCUGGAGACCUACUCCAGCAUGGCCAAAGACAUUCCUCCCGAAAGCCUGACUCAGCUACGGGCUGAGUUCUCACGCAUCUCCUCUGAGUACCUGAAAUCCGUGCAGGAAGGCAAACCUGUGUCGUCUGAGCUACAGGUCUCCAUGCAGGAAUACCUAACCUCCGUCAGAGAGACUUGUCGAGCCUCUUGGGCCCGGUUCAACCCUCUGAAAAUGGCGGUGGGUUUGUCGGUCCUGGCAGGGGCUUGCAUUCUAUGUUACGUCCUCUCUGAGCUGUCCUCUGUGGUAGUCAGCAGGGGCGUGCUGAAGGUGCCGGUUGUCUGCGGCGUUGUAGUAGGCGGGGUUGUAGCCGUAGGUCAGCUUGCCUCACAGGGCUACGUCGAAGCCGCGUGGUGCUUGGGCGGAGCGGCGCUCUCCUCCGAGGUUUCGUUCUUGUGGAGGAGUCGAAGAAACCAUCCCCGGGGGAGGUUGGCGUUGGCACGCCUCCUCGCGCCGGCCCUCCUGGUGCUCCUUUUACGUUGCGCCUCCCUGCUCUCGGACAGCUACGUCGUCUCCGAGGGACGCGUGGUCACCUUCUUGCUCUGCACCCUGAGCCUCUACGUUCCUCUUCGCCUCAACUGGGACGGACUCCUCCUGCCUCCUCCACCCUCUGACUCCCAGAAGCCCCCCGGGCUCGUCCCCGCCUUGACUCUCCCGCCUUCGGUCGUCCGGAGGGAGAGCGCCACCAUGCUUGUGUGCGUGGGGGUUCUGGUGGGCUCCCUGUACCUCUCCCUGUCUUUCCACAACUGCCGUGAGGAGCAGGGCGCGUGCCAGCCCUCGCCUUUCCUCUCCCCGCUGUCUCGAGUGCAGGACAGCCGUCUUCGCAACCUGCACUACGUCCUGUCCCUGGCCUCGCUGGCCGCCUGGGCUUACCUGUUGCACCGCUGGCUGCGUCACUACGGUAACCUCAACAGCCCAGGCGUGACUGUGUUCGCAGCCCGCUUCCUCCUGCCCCUGGCCUCCAUCUGCACGGGGCUCCACUGGGCGGUGAGCGCCACGCCGGAGGACAGCUUCAGGAACCUGGCCGACCUGAUCGGCUUGGCCCAGGUGGUCCUGCCGCGGGCCGCCUUCGCCUUGCUGGGUCUGGGGCUGUCGCUGGUGUGGCUGGACCCGCUGACUGUGUUCCUGAAGGAGCGGGCGCCGUUGCAGUCGCGUGGCCCGUCCGUGCCCCCGCCGAAAUACCGAGCCAGCACCGGCAUCAGUCCCCAGGCGGAGCUGCACCACCUCAUCCCGCAGCUGUACCAGCGCAUUCGCCGUUCCCUGGAGGACGGCGUUCCGGGGGGUCCCGAGGACGGCGGACCCGCUGUGGAAGCAUACGGGCUGGGAACAGUCUACUCUGCUCCCUUGGUCCUUCUUUGCGGCCUGUUUGGGCUGGGCCUGCUGCUUCUGCAUCCUGAAGGCAUGGCGUUGGCCUUCCUACUGUUACUGUUGGAAUCCGGGGCUUUACUUCACCUUCAUGCGUGCAGCACUACCCUCUCCAGCCUGCAGAGGGCGCCCUCCAAUGGUUUCAGUGUACCUUGGGCUCCAGUUGUUUUAUGGUCCCUGGCAGCCUGCCAGUUUUUCCACACCACCGGUCAUUUGCCCACAUUCCCCUCCAUCCAGUGGAACGCUGCGUUUGUGGGUUUUCCCCAGGGUCACACGGGCACUCUGCUUCCUGCCACCCUUGUGACUCUUAACACCUUUUCGUCACACAUCCUGUUUGCAGUGAGUUGCCCUCUGUUGCUGUUCUGGCCUCUGGUGUGUGAAAUACGUGGGUGGAAAGGGUCCCGGGGUGGGGAGGAAGGUGAAGACGCCGUCAUGGAGAUGAGGUUGAGGGAGAAUCCGCAGCAGUUCAGCUCCGCGCUCCUGCAGCUGAUGAUGCGCUACCUCUUUGUCAGUGGAGUGCAGGUCUUUGCGUCUGUAUGUGCUGCAGCUAUCCUCAGAAGACACCUUAUGGUGUGGAAGGUGUUUGCACCCAAGCUGAUGUUUGAGGCCUCUGGGUUUGUGGUGAGCAGUGUGUCUGUGCUUGUGGGAGUGAGCCUGGUGAUGCGGGUGGAUGCGGCGGUGGGAAGUUUGUUUAAGAAGCUCGUCCCCGAGGCUUCCAGGUAGCACCGCCCCGUCUCACGCUGUUCCAGCACUGCCCGGGGGCCCGUCUCUCAGUGGCCCAGAGAGAGAGAGAGGGAGAGAGGGAGAGAGAGGGAGAGAAUGAGGUUUGACUUUUCAAGUUCAACUGCCAAACGAGCUGAAAUGAAUUCCUCAGAUCAUCUUUUGGAUCGGAUUCAUUUCACAGCCCUCGGCCUGCUGUCCUCCUGCUCACCCUGCCCGACUCGCGUUAAGGAGGAGAGAGGGACUGUGGGUAAUUCUGCUGUGAUUUUUUACAAGGACUCUAACGCUCCAAAACACUGAGACUAUUACACAAUCUGUCUGUCUG